AUGAGAAUUAACGAGAAAAAGAAUAGAACUGGAACUGGAAAGCGGAGUGAUCUGGGCGCGUUGUCCUUUCUUUCCACUGUUUCGCAGGCGAACCAGGAGCAGAAUCCGGUUCCGGCAUCUCAGUCGACUGGGCCAUGGACGGGCAGCGUUCCAGAUCCGAUGACCCAUUCCUUCUCAAUUACCAGCCUUCCGAGCUCCGAAUCGCCUCCGAGUUCUUCGCAACAUGGCUUCCCUUUCUCUCCAAAGAUCUCUGCGGUCACUGUUCUGCAAUUCUUUCUGAUCGCAUCCGUUCCAUUGACCCCGGCCAUUGUAAAGCCUCAACGUGUUGGUUACAUUAAAGCUCUAUCAUGUAAUGUGCGGGAGGCCUUGGACCGUAGAAAUGAGAGAGAUAUGAAGCAAGAACUUUGUGAUGAUCUUGACCUAAACCAGGUUAUAGAUCGUAAGAUUGCUGAUCUUUCAGAUGGGGAGCUUCAAAGGUUUGCCAUUGCCCAUGUUGCCAGCCGGAAUGCUGAAAUUUACUUGUUUGAUGAGCCUUCUACUUACCUUGACAUAAAACAGAGGCUAAAAGCUGCCCAAGUUAUUCGAUCUUUGCUCAGGCCUAACAGCUAUGUAAUUGUUGUGGACCAUGAUCUUAGCGUCUUGGACUAUGUGUCAGACUUUAUUUGCUGUUUAUAUGGCAAAUCAGGUGCAUAUGGGGUUGUAACACUUCCUUUCUCAGUUAGAGAAGGACUUAACAUCUUCUUGGCUGGUUUUGUCCCAACUCAAAACCUGAGGUUCCGGGAUGAUUCUCUCAACUUCAAGGUUGUUGAGGCUCCGCAAGAGAGUGACAAUGAUGCUCAGACAUACGCUCCAUCCAAAUAUCCAACAAUGACCUCUACUCGAGGAAAAUUUAGGCUUCGUGCAGUCGGAGGGGAAUUCACUGAUUCUCAGAUUAUGGUGGUGCUAGGUGAGAAUGGGACAGGAAAGACGACGUUUAUUCGUAUGCUGGCUGGUUUAUUGGAACCUGACACCAUAGAAGGUGGCUCUAGUCCUCAGUUUAGCGUGUCAUACAAGCCUCAGAACAUUCGCCACUUGAAGUUUGAAUCAACAGUCAGACACUUGCGCCACACAAGAAUACAUGAUGCAUGCACACACCCGCAGUUUAUCUCCAAUGUGAUGAAGCCACUUCUUAUUGAACAGUUAAUGGAUCGAGAAGCUGUGAAUCUUUCUUGGGGGGAGUUGCAAAGAGUUGCAUUAUGUCUAUGUCUUGGAAAGCCUGCAGACAUCUAUUUGAUAGAUGAGCCUAGUGCGUAUCUUGAUUCAGAGCAGCGUAUUCAUGCUUCCAAAGUCAUAAAGAGGUUUAUCCUUCACGCAAAGAAAACUGCAUUUGGGGUCGAGCAUGAUUUUAUCAUGGCAACAUAUCUUGCUGAUAGAGUUAUUGUUUGUGAGGGGUCUCCUUCAGUUGACUGUAUUGCUAAUUCGCCACAAUCAUUGUUGACCGGGAUGAACCUAUUCUUAUCACACCUGGAUAUCACGUUUAGAAGAGAUCCAACUAGCUACUGCCCAAGGAUUAACAAACUAGAUUCAAUCGGAGACAGGGAACAGAAAGCAGCUGGCUCGUAUUAUUACCUUGAUGACUAAGUUUAUAGUUAUGGAC